UUUGCUCGGGCAGUCGCCGUGCGCUCCCGGCCGGGAGGUACCGCUCCCACCGCGCCGAGCCGGUUCGCAGGCUGGAAAGCCGCGGUCAUGGCUCGCGUCCUCAUCAUCGGGGCAGGUCUAACGGGCAGCCUGUGCGCGGCCCUCCUGCGGAGAGAAACGAUGACCAGGCUGCAAGUUGUGGUCUGGGAGAAGGCGAAAGGAGCAGGGGGAAGAAUGUGCACCAGCAGGAGUCCCCACAAUCCAAACUGUACAGCUGACCUAGGAGCACAGUACAUUACAGUGACCCCGUACUACGCAGAAAAGCAUCAAAGUUUUUAUGAAGAGUUGCUGUCACACGGCAUUUUAAAACCCCUGCUCAGUCGUGUGGAAGGAAUGACAAUAAAAGAAGAAGGAAUCCGUAACUAUGUGGCCCCACAAGGGAUCUCUUCUAUUGUCAAAUAUUAUCUUAGUGACUCAGAUGUGUUGUACAAUCGUCAUGUUACCCACGUUAACCUCAAAGGAGGAAAACUGGAAGUCUGCCACAAAUUCGGACCUUCAGAAGUAUUUGAUGCAGUUAUCUUGACAAUACCUGCUCCACAAAUUCUUCAGCUACAAGGAGAUAUGAAGUCCUUUAUAAAUGAAUCACAAAGGCAAGAACUAGAAACUGUGAGAUAUUCCUCUCGAUUUGCCUUGGCCCUUUUCUAUGAAGCAGGCACUCAGAUCGAUGUACCCUGGGCAGCAAAAUAUGUCGUCAAUAAUCCCUGCAUACGCUUCAUCUCCAUCGAUAAUAAGAAACGCUGUUCAGAGGCACCUGAAGUCGGACCUUCAGUGGUUGUUCACACCACUGUUCAAUUUGGAGCUGAAAGCGUGCAUAAAAGUAAAGAAGACGUGGAGCCUCUGAUCCUUGACCAGCUGCAGCAGAUCCUGCCAGGACUGCCCAAGUCUAUCAGUACCAAAUGUCACAAGUGGAGGUAUUCACAGGUCGUUGACGCUGUCUCAAACAUUCCAGGGCAAAUGACUCUCAACACUCAGCCUCUUCUUGUAUGCGGAGGAGAUAGCUUCACACACUCAAACUUUGAUGGGUGCACAGAAUCAGCUUUAGCAGUCUCAAGUGUAUUGAAAUGUCAUUUAUAAAAUUCUCCCUCUUGUACCUGAAUGUUUCACAUUACCUCCGAAUCCCUCACUCUGCUCUCAAUCUCUGGGUAAAUUGAAAAGCCUUCAAAUGAAUUUUGCAUGAAGAUAGUGUUUGCAUUUGAGCUAAAAUGUAAUGGAAGCAUGCGUUACGCAUUUGACGUGUAAUCUAGGGACACUUCUCAGAGUACACUAAAAAAAUUACUGACUACCAGUGACAGUAUUCCAAGGCAAAAAAGACAGAAUGAUUUACAGUGACUAAUGCUAUUAAUUGGAACUUCAGAAAAUGCAACUACCAGCCAAUUUUCUCACUCUAUGUUCAUGUAUUGUAACUUUUUUUGCUCUAAACUACAAAUUGAAGCAAUUGCAGUUUUCACAAUGAGGAAAAGUACUUUAAGAUUUUCUUCAGAUUUUACAUAGAACAGCACAGCAUAUUACAGGCCCUUCGACCCACAAUGUUGUUCUGACCCUCAAACCCUGCCUCCCAUAUAAUCCCACCUUAAAUUCCUCCAUAUACCUGUCUAGUAGUCUCUUAAACAUCACUAGUGUGUCUGCCUCCAUCACUGACUCAGGCAGUGCAUUCCAUGCACCACCCACUCUCUGAGUGAAAAACCUUCCUCUAAUAUCCACCUUGAACUUCCCUCCCCUUACCUUAAAGCCAUGUCCUCUUGUUCUGAGCAGUGGUGCCCUGGGGAAGAGGCGCUGGCUGCCCACUCUAACUAUUCCUCUUAAUAUCUUAAUAUCCCUCCAAAGAGUAAAGUCCUAGCUCUCUAAACCAGGCAGCAUCCUGGUAAGUCUCCUCUGUACCCUUUCCAAUGCUUCCACAUCCUUCCUAUAGUGAGGCGACCAAAACUGGACAUAGUAUUAAUUUUGCUUAAUUUCUGAAAGAGAAAGUAUCCAGUGCAUGACUAAUUAAACAAAGAACAACGAUAUCAUUGUCAGGUGGGUGGAGCCAUCCAGUCCAUAGUUAUUUUCGCCAUGGUACUCAUUUACUAAACUCAGCUGGCAUUUGGAACCUGCUUCUCUCACUGGGUGAGAUUAAGGUUGUUCUGAGUCCAGCAGGGACCUGUACAGGUUGCACCAUCUCAGGGGAGUGGAAAUGCUGGCAAAUCAAAGCCGACCUUCCAAGUUUGCAUCUUCUUUCCCACACCCCGGACUCCAUCUCCCAAACCCCUGGCAAUCUAUGACAUAGAAGCAAGAGGCCUCUAAUGAGCAUUGUAUGGCCAUCAUCAACUCAGACGGUUAAAGGCAGAAAUUGAUCUGGUAAUUUUAUAUUUGUGUGUUUAAGAUCUGCAUUUCUCCCUUAUAUAAGUCCUGGGUCCACUUCACACAUGACACUGGUGUUACUGGAAAUAAAAGUUAAAAUAUU